AUGAUUCAUAGAGCCAUUAAUAUUUGUUCAACUUAUUCACUAUUACAUGAGGAAUUGAAUAUUAUUCUCAAAAUAGCUAAAAGUAAUGGUUACCCUAGUUCUUUUAUUGAAAUGCUCAUUGGGAUAAAAAUUAGUAAAUGGUAUAGCAAAUCUGAUACGUGUGUUGAUACGGAUACUGAUAAGAAAAAGAAAAGAUUGUUUAUUGAAGUGCCUUUUGUUGAGAAUAGUACAAGAAUGUUUACAAAUGACUUACGGAAGUUUACAGCUGAAAUUCGACCAGAUUCACAAUUAACAAUUAUUGAAAAGCCUCCAAUAUCAGUUCAAAAUUUCUUUGAUUUUAAGGAUAAAAUACCAAAUAACUUGAAGUCUGAUGUCAUUUAUAAUGUUAAAUGUAAAGGCUGUAGUUCACAGUAUAUGGGUAAAACUAAACGAGAAGCAUGUAGACGACUGUAUCAACAUGGAUUACCCAAAGAUACCUAUAGUUCUCAAUCAUCUCAGUCAUUAUCUAAUGUGAAUUCAUCCUGA